CUCAACGAUAUUCACAUUUUUAUUGUUGUUAUCAUUGAAUGAAUUGUUUGACACAUUGUGUCCAACACUUGACAAUCAAAUGWUUGUUGACAUCACUCACACAUCACAUCCCAAACAUCACUGCAAUUAUCUCUAAGAGAUUUGGCCGAUAAUAGGGAUCAAGUGUUUGCCGUUGAGUAACMAGAAGUACUUGAGUGGACAGCGAUGACUCAAAAUCUGGCWCAAGAGGCACAACUCAAGUCAUACCAAAAGAGAUUGAAAGAUGACAUUAACUCAAUAGUAGAGAACUACACGAAGAUCUUGCAGAUGGUUCGCACCGAUGCCGACACUCCAGUCAGCGGCAGUGAAACUCAGGCCACCAGUUAUGAGAUGUGUUGUCGGGCGGCAAACAUGUGUCGGGCGGCGGAAUCAAUGCUGAAAYUGAUUUGGGAUAUCAAACAGUUUCUUAUAAUAAAUGACUUUCCGCUUAUCAAUGACAGUAUAUCCAAGAAAGUGGCCGACAAUAUGAUAAAUGUGGCCGAUAUUGACCACAAACUCAUUAAUCUUAGGGAUGAAAUCGCCAAUGAAUUGUAUGAAUUAGAGGACGAGUACUAUAACUCUUUAAUUAAAUGA